AUGUCAAGAAUGAGAGACAGCGAGGAGGCUAUUAGCCGCAUGGACACCGACAGCGCCAUUCAAGUGCAUGAUAAGCUGGAUGCAGGGGCCUCCGCUCACUACGAUGACGUUGAACGCGGCUCCAGUGCGGAUUCUGAUCACAGCGCAGAGAGCAGUGGCAUAACAAUAUACCACGUGCUGAGUGUUGUACUCAUUUUUCUGGCCCUGCUGGUUCUGAUGUUGAUAAUCUUGAAGCGAAGCACCGGUGUCUGCGACGACGAACUGCAUGUUGCCGUGAGGAGAGUAGAGUAUGGCCAAGCCCUACGUAUCGUGGAACCAUAA